GUCUUCAUCGCAGAAAAAGAAGAUCUAUAAAAAGUUGAUUUCUUCAUGGCCGAAACGUCGGGGGCCUCCGGGGCCACCUGGACCCCUUGGAGAUGACGGUCCAUUUGGGCCACCCGGAAAUACUGGGAAACAAGGACAUAAAGGAGUUCAAGGGAAAAUCGGCAACCCCGGACCGCAGGGUAUGCCGGGCCCUGAGGGCCGACCCGGGGCAGAUGGCCUCCCAGGACAGGACGCUGAUCCGGGCCCUCCAGGCUUACCUGGAGAACAGGGUCCCCAAGGCUACAGAGGAGAGAAGGGCUGCAAAGGGGAGCUGGGGUUAUCAAGGGGAGGCUGGACUGCAGGGACCCAGAGGACGAAAGGGGGAAAAGGGAAAAAAUGGAUUCAGAGGCAUCAUUGGUGUCCCUGGCUACAUAGGACUGCCGGGAGCAAGGGGUCCUCCUGGUUUUAUAGGAUUACCAGGAUUUACAGGAGAGGUUGGAUCUGAAGGCUUUGGUGGACCACCAGGUCCACCUGGGAAAAGGGGUCCCAGGGGAUUAAAAGGUGUCCUUGGAGUUAACGGACCUCCGGGUCAUCAAGGUGAACUGGGCCCAAGAGGAGCAGCUGGACCACAGGGCGAGCAUGGUCCUGAUGGAGCAGUCUCCUCUCCAGGUGUCCGUGGCCCACAGGGAAAUCCAGGACCAGAUGGACCUCCAGGGCCUAAAGGAGACCCUGGCAAUCCAGGAGAUGAAGGGGACAUAGGGGAACCAGGACCACCUGGACUCACGGGAGCCAAUGGGAAUCCAGGAAAGCCUGGACCCUCAGGGGAUCCCGGGACGAAAGCCAGGCGAGGUGACAAGGGUAAUCCAGGGUUCAUGGGAGACCUGGGACAUCCAGGAAAACAAGGAAAACAAGGGCCCAAGGGGCGUCGAGGCCCUUUGGGAUUGGAGGGACUUGGGGGACCAGCAGGGCCACCGGGACUCCCUGGACCCAGUGGCUUUGACGGCAUCAUGGGGGAGCAAGGGAAGCAGGGAAAAGAUGGACCAAAGGGGGAUCGUGGGGCAAAUGACAUUCAAGGAGUUCCUGGACCUCGGGGCGACAAGGGUCGAGAAGGUCGAGCAGGGUUUUCUGGAUUGCCAGGUCCAAUUGGAGAGAUGGGACAACCUGGAGAGGGAGGACGUGAAGGAGAACCUGGUAUAAAGGGCUUGCUUGGACUUCCUGGAGUUGCUGGAGCCAAAGGCCUGAAGGGAUUUCAAGGUGGUUUAGGUAACAGAGGACAGGAUGGUCCUCCUGGAGCUCUGGGACAAAUUGGUUACAGUGGAAUGAAAGGGGACACUGGACCUAGAGGACUGAAGGGAUUGCAGGGGAAGACAGGAGCUCUUGGCCUCCAAGGACCUGUGGGGAAGAGUGGAGAAGCUGGCAGCAGAGGGAUGAAGGGAACACCAGGAAAGCCAGGAGCGAGAGGGGUUAAAGGUAAAGAAGGAUCCAGAGGUUUUCCUGGAAGUGAAGGCCUAGAGGGCAAGAGAGGUGAGAUGGGACCAAAAGGAAAACAAGGCCGCCAAGGUGAGAUGGGCAUGCCUGGACCAAGGGGAUACAGGGGAUCUCCUGGUAUUCAGGGUAAUAUUGGACCAUGGGGCGAUCCCGGGUCCCGUGGCCUUUCAGGUGACCAGGGGCCAGAAGGUCCAGUCGGCCCGCUUGGAGUUACAGGUUACCCAGGUAAAGACGGAUCUCGGGGACCAACUGGAUCCGCUGGUGUCAAAGGAGAUAAGGGAUCCAGAGGAGCUUUGGGGACGGCGGGAGUUGCUGGUCUCGAUGGUGAGGAGGGUCCAAUUGGUCUAAAGGGACCAGAGGGGCCAUCUGGACGAAAAGGCCUAUCUGGUGCAAAGGGAAGCACUGGGACUCCUGGACAGAAAGGGCCAAAGGGAGCCGAAGGCGACAGAGGCAUCCGAGGGGCACAGGGAGCAAAGGGGCCGCCAGGGAAACAGGGAUACAAGGGUUCACCGGGGGAGAGGGGAAAACAAGGAGUUCCCGGCCUCAAGGGUGAGCCGGGUACCAGAGGUUCAUCAGGCAUGCCUGGACAGUUUGGGCCAGGGGGCAACACCGGCGCCGAAGGGGUCAAAGGCCCCAAGGGGUCCCAGGGGCACACAGGCCUCCCUGGCAGUUUGGGUCCCGCUGGACAAAUUGGGUUAUCAACACCAGGAUUGCCAGGCACGAGAGGCAUUGAGGGCAAAACUGGAAUCCCUGGAUCGAAGGGCAUUCACGGUGAGACGGGCAAGCUCGGCCUUCAAGGCAUCGCAGGAGACACGGGCAUUCAAGGUCAAAAGGGAGCAAAAGGAGACCACGGGACGACAGGAUCAGUGGGGAGAGUGGGAAAAAUGGGGUUCAUUGGCAUUCCGGGGGCAAAAGGUCUACGUGGGCACGCUGGUCCUCCCGGGCCUCCGGGAUUGAAAGGAAUUCACGGGCCAAAGGGUAAAAGAGCCAAUUCUGGAAGGAAGGGAAACAAAGGAGCUCCUGGAAAAAGCGGAGAUGGCGGCCUGCCUGGUAGACCAGGACCUGCUGGACGACCUGGAAAACCUGCAAGGCUUGAGUGGUUUGGACGGCUUACUCGGGGUUGAGGGAAAUGAGGGAGAUCCGGGUGAUAUGGGUUUCCGAGGACCUCCUGCACCUGCUGGCAGGCCCGGCAAAAUGGGAGAACCUGGAUCUCCUGGGAUCAGGGGAAGCAAUGGAGAACCAGGGUUCAAGGGUAAAGCUGGGCCAAAAGGAAAACACGGACCG